CAGUCGGGAAUGUUCGCCGUUCUCUUCUUCGUUGAGUCAGAUUUUUUUUAGGGAGGAGCUGUGACUCUCGGGAAGACCUAGAGACUUUGGCUGAGGAUAACAGCAGGACUGAAGGACGGUUAAAUAUGGAUCCAGCAUCUCUCCCAGAGCAGCUGUCAGUUGUUAAUGAACAGGUGCUGAACUCAUCGAGCAGAUCAGUGACCGCAGCUGUAAGUCUGCGUCGCUUCCUCUGUUACGGCUCUGAGAGCGCCACGUACAGCACUAAAGAGUGCGCUCUGGGCAUAGAGAAUGCCCUGGCUCUGAUGCAGUUCAUCGAGGGGGGACGGGGCUGUGAGGUUGUGGACGAGAUCAGACGCUUGAAUCUGGAGGGCCACGCAGUCCGUCGCAACCCCAGUCUCUUCGCCCUGGCUGUCUGCUCGCAGCACGCAGACUGCAAGACCAGGCAGGCCGCCUUACGGGUGCUGAAGGAACUGUGUCGGACGCCCGUACAGCUCUUCACAUUUGUGCAAUAUAAGAAAGAGCUUAAACAGGGCUCUGGGAUGUGGGGCCGGGCUCUGCGGAGGGCGGUUACUGAUUGGUACAACAGCCAGGACGGUAUGAGCCUGGCGCGGACCGUGACCAAGUGCAAGCACAGAGCAGGCUGGUCCCACCAGGACCUGCUCAGGCUGUCCCACAUGAAGCCAACCAAUGACACUGUUGCAGUUGUUUGCAAGUACAUAACGAAAGGCUGGAAAGGGGUUCAGGAAACGUAUGGUGAUAAAGAGAACUCGGAUGAUGUGCAGAAGGUUUUUGCAUAUCUAGAAGCUAUGGAGAAAGCCAAACACUCCACCGAUGAACAGGAGCUCAUUCAUCUCAUUGAGGAGCAGAGGCUGGAGAAAGAGCAGAUCCUGACCAACCACCUCAAAUCCAAAGAGGUAUGGAAAGCACUGCUGAAAGAGAUGCCCAUGGCUGUUUUAUUGAAGCAUUUGGGGAAGCUGACAGCAAACAAGGUUCUGGCAGCAGGAAGUCCAGAUGUUGCAGCUGUUUGUGAGAGGAUUCAGGAUGAGUCUGCUCUCAAAAAGGCAAAAACACACCCGUUCAACAUUCUUGUGGCGUCUGAAAACUAUAAGAGAGGUCACGGGAAGCGUAGCAAACUGAAAUGGGAGCCGGACGGAGACAUCGUGCAAGCCCUGGACUGCGCCUUCUGCAAAAACUGUGACUCUUUCUGUCUCCAGAUUGUGGAGCCCACAGGCAAGAGGUUUUUGGUGGCAGUAGAUAUAAGUUCUUCUCUGAGCAGCGUGACUCAUGGCAGCUCCAUCAGCACUGUGGCAGUGGCAGCGGCGAUGUGUUUGGUGAUUGCACAGACGGAGCCGGAUGCGCAGAUUGUGGUUUACUCUGAAGGAAGCAUUCUUCCCUGUGCUGUCUCUUCUGAUAUGACGUUUAUGCAGGUGGCGGCACAGCUCAUCAAGACUCCCGGUGGCAGUACAGACUGUGCCUUACCCAUCACCUGGGCCUCAGAGAAUGAUAAAACUGUGGACGUCUUCAUCAUUCUCACUAAUAAUCAAACGCUUGGGAGGGAAAAUCCAGCAGACACACUGAAGACUUAUAGACAAAAAAGCGGUGUGUUUUCCAAACUGAUCGUGUGCGGAUUGAUUGCCAACUCCCUGUCCAUCGCUGACCCCGAAGACCGCGGCAUGCUGGACAUCUGUGGCUUUGACUCGCAAGCAGUUGAUGUCAUCCGUAACUUCGCACUCGAUGUCAUUUAAAAUCGCGGUUUUCGUGGUUUUGUAGCAUGCGGUCGGUUUUCUGAAAGGACAAUGAGACAUUGAUGCAUCAACAUGCAAAAAAAAAAAGCUUUUUACAUUUUAAUUUGGUAAUCAUGUUGUAUGUUUUUGCAAUUUGGAAUCAAGUGCAAAUCUAAUUGAAUAUCCAGCAGGCUGGAUUAUGUGCAGUGAGAAUCACAAGGAGCAAAUUCAUGAAAUGACGAUUGUAUGUUUACUGAUAUUCAUUCAGUAUACUGUGUGUUUUAACCUGGUCCAGUGAAAGUUGCUGAAGUACGUGUCUUUCACAUGGUUUUUGAGUCGCUAAACUUCAUUGGAAGUAAUGUACUAUAUUUUUAGAGGCCUUGCUCAUUAUGUGUAACGUCUCCAUUUGUGUUUUGUUCUGUGUAAUGAGAUGUUAUAAAAUAUUACGCAUCACGUUGAGGUCUUCCACAAAAAUUGGAGAGAAAUAUAAAGCAAAAUACGGUCAUUGGAGUCUGAUGUUCUCUGAAACCCACGUAGCCUGAAUUACUAGACGCAUCUGUAAUGUUUUAAUGUCGAAAUACCUCAAGUGUUCUGUGGUCCAGUAACUUGAUAUUUGAUAUAUGAACACAAAUAACCUUUCAAUAUGAUUCAAAAGAGGCUUGACACUUGAGUCUGUUUAAGACUUAUCUGAAUAUUUUAUGGUUUACUCUUUGGCACACUUUUGAUGAACUAAAUAACAUUUCAAAAUAGUGAAAAAGAGGUGUAUGCAUUGAAUGAUAGAGCUUGUUAAUGAUCUAGAUUCAUUUUAUAUGUGCAGAAAUUACUUUUUUUUUGCAUUUUCUUUUGCCCUUUGUGCCUCUUAGGGUUAAAUCAAGGUUGUAAGUUUGCUAUCACGCUGCUAGGAUGAUCAUUAUUACAUCUAGGACAUGUAGGCACAAACUAACAAAUACUAAAACUUCUGUAGACAAUUACUACCUGUUAUUUUUGAGAUACACUAUUGAAUGUUUUUGUGUAAUAUUACAGAUAAUUUAGAUCUAAACCUCUUGAAUUAUGGGAUAAAUAAAUAUGACAAAUAAUGAAAGGCUGUGCUCUCAUGGAUGUUACAAAAUUGGGAUACAAAUCGAAAUGUAUUUGCCAUGUUUUUAUUUAUUCUGUCCCUGUAAUUAACAUGAUAGCAAGUUACCAAAGUUUAUUUUUAUUUUGUUUAUAUUGCUCAGUACAUUUGUUUCAUAAGGUGAACUCAUAAAGUUUAACCCUAUUAAAAUAAUAAACUAAAAGUAUUUUAGUCUUUAAAGCCAAAAAUGCUGUUUAAAUUGAUACUUCACAUGACGUUUCCCCUUGCUAAUUGGAUUCUGUCUAAAAAAAUAUUUUUCUGUUAAUAACACAUUAAUUAUAAAUUAAUAAAGAGCUU